UUCAACUUGAAGGGCUAAUUUCCCAACUCGAAGAAUUUGUUGUAAAGAAAAAUAUUGUUAGUAUUUUGCUCCUGAUGUUGCACCAUGUCGAGACGCAAGCAAGCGAAGCCGCAGCAGCUCACCUCCGACGAGGGAAGCUUAGAGGGAAACGGGGUUCCGCAAGAGAGCCGGACAGGAGACCAUGGGAAUGACACUAAGAGGAGCAGGAUGGAGACAAGUGUUUGUGACAAAUGUUGCGCAGAGUUCUUUGAUCAGUCAGGAUUCCUUGAGCACAAGAAAACUUGCACUAAAAACCAACCUGUCCUGAUCAUGAAAGACCGCGAGGGAGGCAUGAUGCCUGACCACUUCUUGCAAGGAUCUCCAGACCGCUUCUGUGGUGAAAAAGUUGAAGGUCCAUCCUCCAGUGACACCCAGUCAAAAAGCAACAUUGGUUUGGUGGAAAGGAUGGAAAAUAACAAAGCUGAAAUGGAUGCUGACUAUCACCAAGAGAGAGAACCCACUGAGAUGUCGGGAAGACCAAACGUAAGCUAUAUGCAAACUUCUAAAUUGCAAAACACUAAUGUUACAUUGGAGACUAUGCAGAGUACAAAAUUUGCUGUAACUCAACAUUCAUCUGACAACAAAAACUCUCAGUCCGUAGGCAACUUAAAUGCUAUCCCCAUGAUUCUUGAGCAGCUAGUAAGCCUACAGCAGCAGCAGCUUCAACAAAUUCAACUGACCGAGCAGAUCCGUAUACAAGUGGCAAUGAUGGCUCCACACAGUCUCCACCCCUCUAUUGCUGCAGCAGCUGAUCCAUUGAAAGCUCUGGGGGCUCACUUAUCGCAGCAGCUUUCGGCGGCUGCUGCAUUGAUCGGACAAAAAACUGGCAAUCAAAGCCUGUCUUUAGAGAACACGAAACAAGGAAAGGUACCUCAUUCCAGCAUUGCCUUUUCCGGAGGCAACGGACUGCUGUCCUCCAAAUCAAACAUUACUAAAGUUCUCCCAAACUUCGCCACUCGACUUCCAACCUUGCUACCUCUAGGUUUGGCCGGUUUCCAAAACUCUUUCUCUCCUGUUUCAGCUGGUCUGGAUCCCUCGAAGAAAGGGAAACCUCCCAAUAUAAGUGUGGAAACUAAAACUGCUGGUGUUGAGGAGUCUUUGUUUAAACACAAGUGCAAGUACUGCGGCAAAGUCUUCGGCAACGACAGCGCCCUGCAGAUUCACCUUCGCUCUCACACUGGAGAACGACCAUACAAAUGCAAUAUUUGCGGAAACAGAUUCACGACCAAAGGAAACCUGAAGGUGCAUUUCCAGAGGCACAAGGAGAAGUUUCCACACAUUCGCAUGAAUCCUUAUCCUGUUCCUGAGCACCUGGACAACGUUCCCACAAGCACUGGCAUUCCUUAUGGAAUGUCUAUGGCCCCAGAGGAGUCCAACUUUGUGGACAGUAAACCUGCGUCGAUGCUGCCUACCUCUGGCUUUCCUCAGCCGAUGGUGCAGAGCUUCACUGCUUCUCAGGAUUCGCCUUCAGGGAAUGAACCAUCUUCUCAAAGGCCGUCAUCGUCUGGAAGCGACGGUGCUUCAGUAUCCUCCAGCAUGUUCAACCAGGACACGAGUUUGGACCAGUACUUGGAAUCCCCAGAAGGUUCUGCAAGCAUGCCCCACCUAAAUGGGGAUGAACUGCCAGGAGAGCAGGGGUCUGAGACUGCCAAGCUGCAGCAGAUGGUUGAGAGUCUAGAAAAGAAGACUGGGGAUCCAAAUGAGUGCUUCAUCUGUCAUCGUGUGCUGAGCUGCCAGAGCUCUCUGAAAAUGCAUUACCGUACCCACACGGGUGAGAGGCCCUACAAAUGUAAAAUCUGUGACCGGGCUUUCUCUACAAGGGGCAACUUGAAGGCCCAUUAUGGUGUGCAUAGAGCCAACACCCCUUUAAAGAUGCAACACUCCUGCCCCAUCUGUCAGAAGAAGUUCACCAAUGCUGUUGUAUUGCAGCAGCACAUUCGAAUGCACAUGGGCGGGCAAAUCCCUAACACUCCCCUGCCUGGAAGUGUAUACGAGAGCUCUGACGUGGACUCCUGUCUGCUGGAUGAGAAGAAUGUAGAAAUGAUUGGCAGCUACAAUGAGGAGACCACAGAGGAAGCAGAGAUGGAACAGGACUCUCAAGAGUCUGCCAGCAAUGCAAACCAGCAACUGCUGACUCCCCAGAAUGAAGGGCAGGCUGCUUCUCCCUUAGCAAUGCUGUCAAGCAUAGCUGCUCUGGAGAAUCAAAUGAAGAACAUCAGCUCUGCUUUAAACCUGCAACAACAGUCUAGCAUAAGAUCAGAAAGUGACUACUUGACAAACGAGUGCGUGACUAAUGGAACGUUAUCUAUACCUGGAGAACAGGAAUACCAGGAUGGCAGGAGCCCAGGUGUUUCAGACACUGGGUCUUUCUAUUCUUCUCCAGCCAACAGCCAUACAGGAAGUAACCAAUCUAAAUCUCCAGAAACUACAGUUCCCGAAGACGGCAAUGUAGCAGGUGUAAAAUUGGAGUCUAAUAAUGGACCUGGUGAUUCAGAGCACAAUGGUGCUUUAGACCUGACAUCUGGCAACUUUGCUUUUGGAACAAUUAAGGAAGAACCCGGACAUAUUCUCACAAAUGGAGACUUCAGUGCUGCCCUCAUUCCAUCGCUUGCACGAUUUCCUUCAAGUCUUGUUAAACUGGAAGUGCAGAUCCCAUCCGAGCAGCCCAUCGGUUUCCCAAAUCCACUUGUUCCUCAGCCAUCUGGGACGCAACCGGGCAUGCCUGCUGCACCGCGCCGCUCUGCUAAGCAGCACAUCUGCAAUUCCUGCAGGAAGAACUUCUCCUCUGCCAGCGCCCUACAGAUUCAUGAACGCACUCACACUGGUGAGAAGCCCUUUGCUUGUACCAUCUGUGGAAGAGCUUUCACAACCAAAGGAAAUCUCAAGGUGCACGUUGGAACGCACAUGUGGAACAGUUCAGCUAGAGGAGGCAGGAGACUGUCUUUCGAUAACCCAAUCGCACUGUUGGGAGGGGAACCAAAGAUGAUGCCGGAGGUGGUGCCAGCACCUAGGGAUAUGGUGCCUCCACCCAUUAACAUUGACCCUGCAGUCUGGAGUCAGUACACUGCUGUGUUUACCAAUGGCUUGGCAAUGAAGAGCAACGAGAUCUCUGUGAUCCAAAACGGUGGCAUUCCUAUGCCUGGAAGUCUUGCUGGCAGUCAGCUAAUGGGUUCCAAUGGGGGCAUGAUGAAGAUGGAUGGGUCUCAGUCUGGCCUCCCUGGAUCAGUUGCUGAAAUGGACAAACCUGGAAGCGACGGUGUACCAAAGCACCAAUUCCCUCACUUCAUGGAGGAAAGCAAAAUUGCAGUGAAUUAAAUUAGAUGACCUGGACUUUACAUGAAGAUGUAGAUUGUAGUCGUAGGUUUAGGUGUGUUUUUGUUUUGUUUACAGAUUCAACUUCAGACCUCAUAUUCCUACUGAUGUGUAUAAAGGGUUUUAUGAUAGCUAUAUUUCUAAUGAACUCUUGCUCAAAAGUGAGUACAAUAUUUUUUUUGCUCCAAUGUCUUGGAAGGAGUUUCUCUUGAUGAAAAAAUGCAGGUCUUGCAAAGCUGAGAUGCAUUCUUUUGUAACUUGAAGUGUACAGCCUUAAAAGUGUAAUGAUUUCACACCCAAAGGUUUGAACUGUUUACUGCAAUGUUAAAUGCUAGAUUUGUUUGUUUUUAGAUUAGAACAUGACAAACAACUACUGUUAGAUCUUCUGACUAUUGUUUACUUUUUGUACAUUUUUAAAUCAAAUGCGGGUACUUUUACCCCCCCC